AUGUCACAGGCUUCAGAAACGCCCACUUACAGUCAGUUCGCAUGCGUUGGGACCGGGUUCUCGGCGAUCGGGCUGGGUGCCACGCUGAAGCGAUGGUAUGGCAUUGGCGACAUCCGAUUCUUUGAGCGGCACAGCGAGCUCGGGGGAACAUGGUUCAUCAACCAAUACCCAGGGUGCGCAUGCGAUGUGCCCAGCGCCUUGUACAGCUUCUCCUUCGAGUCCAACCCAGACUGGAGCCGAGUCUUGCCUCCUCAGCAGGAGCUGUGGCAGUAUCUCCAUGAUGUGGCCGAGAAGUACUCCCUCAUAGACAAGAUGAGAUUCGGAGUCAACGUCGAGCAGUGCGUCUGGUCGGAGGAGCGCAAACGCUGGAAGAUGACCAUACGAUGCUACGAGACCGACAAAUUGUCUGCGCACGAGUGCCAGUUCCUCUUCACCGCCACGGGCCAACUCAUGCAGCCGCGGGAGAUUGACGUCCCCGGCUCGACAAGCUUCAGGGGCCGCAUCUUCCACUCGUCCCGGUGGGAUAAGACGGUGGACCUCGAGGACAAGAGGGUCGUGGUCAUUGGGAACGGGUGCACCGCCUCCCAGAUCGUGCCGGCGAUCGUGGACAAGACGAAGCACCUCACCCAGGCGAUCCGCACCAAGCACUGGGUCCUGCCGCCCGUCGAUGACGAGAACACGGACUUUAUGAAGAAGGUCCUGCGGCAUGUGCCGGGCACGCUGACGCUGCAGAGGUUCCUCGUCUUCGCCGCGGCAGAGAACGAACUGCGCGGGUUCUACAUGACGGAGGCCGGGAACAAGUAUCGCAAGCAUGCUAGGGCGCGGGCGGAGAAGUACAUGCGGGCGACCGCGCCGGCCAAGUAUCAUGAUAAGCUUAUACCGGAUUUCGAGUUGGGUUGCAAGCGGCGCAUUUUCGAUGCCGGGUACUUGAAGAGCUUGCACGCGGAGAACCUUACUCUGCUGGAUGAUCCUAUCCAAGAGAUUGUGCCAGAGGGCAUCCGUACACAGCAGGGCGUUACAGAGGCGGACAUCAUCGUCUUGGCCAACGGUUUCGUGACGAACAACGCGGUGGGGGGCUUGGAUGUCGUUGGCCGGAACGGAGAGCAUAUUGACCAGCAUUGGGAGUCGUUUGGUGGCCCCGAGGCCUACAACUGCACGAUUGCUAGCGGCUUUCCCAACUUCUUCAUCCUUCUCGGACCGAACUCUCUCACAGGCCAUACAUCCGCCAUCAUCGCAGCGGAGAACUCCGUCAACUUUGCGCUUCGCAUCAUCAAGCCGGUGCUGGACGGCAAGGGAACGGUUGUCGAAGUGACGCAAGAGGCGGAGCGUCAGUACGUCGACCAGAUGCAGGCUGACAUGCAAAAGACUGUCUGGUUCACGGGGUGCACGAGCUGGUAUCUGAAAAACACUUCAGACGGCAAGAAGUGGAACGGCUCGACCUAUCCCUACUCUCAAGCGUACUUCUGGUAUCGCUGCUUGUUCCCCGACUUUGGAGAUUUGCGUAUAAGUGUAAGCACCUUUUGCGGGUAUGGAGGUAUAUGA